GAUUCUUAUUGCCUCCCAAAGUAAUACUGUAAAAAGUCCCAAACCCAAACUUGUCGGAACAUUAAAACAAACCACAUUUGAUUUCACCGUUGGCUUGUCUUGUCUGAACGAGUUUCUCUAUUUUUUUAUUAGCGAUGGCAAGUGGUAGUGGUGAUGAUGAUGAUGUGCAAGUGAAGAACAAGCAAGUGAUUCUCAAGGACUACGUGUCUGGUUUUCCUAAAGAAUCAGACUUUUACAUUAAUACCAACAGUACAAUAAAAUUGAAGGUCCCAGAAGGUUCCGUUGGGGUUGUGGUGAAGAAUCUGUACCUGUCCUGUGAUCCUUACAUGCGUAACCGAAUGAAGAAGGCCGUUGCUGGCAGUUACAUCGACUCCUUCAAGCCUGGUUCGCCCAUUAGUGGAUAUGGAGUGGCUAAAGUUUUGGAUUCGAGGCAUCCAGACUUCAAGAAAGGCGACUUGGUUUGGGCAAGAACUGGGUGGGAAGAAUACAGUUUGCUUACAAAUUUAGUGACUCUGAAUAAAGUACUACACACUGAUGUGCCUCUUACGUACUAUAUGGGAAUUCUUGGUAUGCCUGGUUUAACUGCUUAUGCUGGUUUUUAUGAGGUUUGCUCUCCUAUGAAAGGAGAGUAUGUCUUCAUUUCAGCAGCUUCUGGGGCAGUUGGUCAGCUUGUUGGGCAAUUUGCAAAGCUGUUAGGGUGUUAUGUUGUUGGAAGUGCUGGAAGCAAAGAAAAGGUCGAUUUGCUGAAGAACAAAUUCGGGUUCAAUGAGGCUUUCAAUUAUAAAGAAGAGCCUGACUUGGAUGCAGCUUUGAAAAGGUACUUUCCUGAAGGUAUCGAUAUUUACUUUGACAAUGUUGGGGGAAAGAUGCUUGAUGCAGUGCUACUCAACAUGAGGGUCCAUGGCCGCAUUGCUGUCUGUGGCAUGAUGUCACAGUACAACCUUCACAGUCCUGAAGGUGUGCACAAUUUGAUGCAUCUAAUUUCCAAGCGCAUCCAUAUGGAAGGAUUCCUGGUUUUCGAUUACUAUCACCUCUACCCAAAGUUUGUGGAGGAGGUGCUCUCUUACAUUGCAGAAGGGAAGAUUGUAUAUGUGGAAGACAUAGCUGAAGGCCUUGAGAAUUGCCCAGCAGCUCUUAUUGGGCUCUUCACUGGCCGCAAUGUUGGUAAACAGAUUGUUUUAGUUGCUCGUGAAUGAAUGUUUUCAUGACCAAAAGCUUUAGGUCCCCUGGAAGAUUCCUACUGCAGAUACACCUUAUACGUCCAUACCUUUUAUGGGGACAGUGUUUCACUCUUGGUGUUCACCAGAAAUUGUGUUUCCUAAAUAAAUGUUAUGUUGUUGAAGUCAAGAAUUUCAGAACUAGCAGAUUCUGUUGAUCUUACAAGCAAGAAUUCAUUUUCCACA